AUGAAUCACACGAAAGACAAGCUACCUCAUACGGACGUUACAAAAUUACAUGGCAGUGAAUCAGAAAUUGUUAAAUUUGGGCAAAGGAUUACCCAAAAUGAGGUUGAAGAGCAACUCAAAGCAAUGAAACAAAGAAGACUGAGUAGAAUGAAUAUUUUGGAAGACGAAAAAUCAAUAGAUAAGACUGUGAACACUUGUUCAUCUUUCAAAAGUGCCGCCAAAAUAGUGAUGAACAAUAAUAAGAUCUGUGAAACCGAGAAUUCUGAUAUAAGAUCAACUUGUGAAUCGGACAAAUUACAAAAGCUGGGUACAUCUGAAGGUGUCAUCAACCACAAAACGAUCCAGUCAUCGAAUAAUAACGUCUUUGCGUAUUUACCUAGUAGUGAUUCUAGUUCGAAGAAACAGCAACUUCAAGUUCCUUCUGCGGAAUUGGUUACCAAGAACAAUAACCUAACUGAUCCCAAUGAGGGAAAACAAAGAAGAACUAUUUACUACAAAGACAACGAAGCUAUACCUCAAGAUCUGGUAUGUUCCACUGAGAAAGCUAAACAAUACAUCAGUGACACUAGGAAUUCACCAAAGAAUAUAAGACUUGGCAAAGAAGACAAUCUCAGUGUGAACAAAAAACUUCCAGUUGUGUCAACAGGGAAACACGAAAUUGAUUCGAGAUUAUCCAAAGCACCAACUUUCCACCCCAAAACUUCUUCAAGUCCAGGACAUGGUAACAGUGAAAGAAUUCUCAAGAAGUUCCAGCUGAACUGGAAUAACCUGAACGAUAUUUUGGAAAAUAGUUCCGAUGUGGAUUUAGACGAAAUGAAUGAUCUGAUGAACAGUAUGGAAGAAGCUUCUUCAUUGAUUGGUGAAUAUCGAGAAAAACUGGAAAGCUUAGAACAAAAACUGGCCCACGAGAUGAGUGGUAGACGCAAGUUGAAUCGCAUGAAAUGUCAAGUGGAACAGUUGAAACCGCAAAUCAAAUAUUUCAGAGGGCUAAGAAAGGAUUCUGGAUAUUUACAGUUGUCUAAUAAGCUCUCUAAUAUUUUUCUAGAGAUUCACAAAGUGCCAGAUUCUUACAAACUCUCCAGUGAGAAAGAAGAGGUCAUUUCCGAAGUCAAUUCGAGCAUCAAAGACUUAGAGGCUAGAGUUAAAAAGAAUCAAACCUUCUUGGAAUUUAUUCUGAAUGAACAAGUUCUGUGUAUAAGAGAUAAUCAUUAUAAAAGUUCCAAGUAA